GCUGAAAUUCGUAUCAACUUUGAUAAUCUCUACAAAAUGAUGUCAAGGCAUGAGGAGUUCCGGUGGAUGAUGUUGCGCAUCAGACGAAUGGCCGAUACCUGGAUUGAUGCAAUUAAAUCACUUGCAGAAAAACAAAAUUUGGAGAAAAGAAAACGAAAAAAGAUCCUUGUUCAUUUGGGGCUUUUGACAAAAGAAUCUGGAUUCAAGAUUGCAGAAAAUGCGUUUAGCGGUGGCCCACUUGGUGAAUUAGUCCAGUGGAGUGAUUUAAUUACAUCUCUCUACUUACUGGGCCAUGACAUCAGGAUUUCAGCUUCACUGGCAGAGCUCAAGGA